GCGGACUUUGACACUAGUAUUCGUGCAGACAGGCAAGUGAUAACUUCCGAGACCCUUUAUGGCUUUUUGUGAAGAACCUCUCUCGACAAGAGCAACAAGAGCAACAAUCAAAAAUAUCAAACAUCUGAAUUAUCUCCUUCGAAAAAUAUUACUGCAGAGAAUAACUUACGGAUUUCCUUAUCAAGAAGAAAAGACAGGAGAAUGGUUUGAACUGCCUCAAAGCCAGUUUCAAAAAGUGACUAGGACGGGUCCAAUCAAUAUUUUAAAUAUAAGAGGUACAAAGCCUAAGAAAAUUGAAAAUUAUCCUCUUAUAAAUGGAACUGACUUUCUCAAAAACUUGACAGAAAAUGGCUACAAAAUCCUAUUUCAUGGCACCAACCACGACUCAGCUAAAAAUAUCAUAGAGAAUGGAAUUUGCCUAGAUAAGCUAAACAAACAAAGAGCACAAGAUUUUAGUUGUGGAAAAGGAUUUUAUUUGACUGAUCAAUUCGACGAAGAAACCGGGGCUGUGACCUGGGCAUUCCGUCGUAUGGGCAGACAUCAAUCUGUUUUGAUUUUUAAGAUCCCAAAUCAUGAAUUUGAAAGCUAUCGAGGAAGAUCAAAGAACUUAAUUGGAAAGGACAAGGAACUCAAGGAAUUUGUUAAAAUGUACAGACUUGGAAAAGAAAAGAAUCGAGAUUUACAAAAAAAUUUAAAGGAGGUUUCCUUCGUGGAAGGACCAUGGGUCAAAUUGGAUAGAGAAUCCGUUAGUAUAAUUCAAGGAAGCUACCAGAUCUGUUUACAUUGCGAUAAAAUGGCAGAAUGUUUUGAUAGACACUUACAUUCUGUCAUAUUCUUUAACAAAUAGACGUCUUAAGCUUGAAAGCCAAGCACAGAAACCCCACAUGUACAAAACAUAAAUUCGCCACGAAAUAGUUGAUAAGGAUUUUCGACAGUUCCCUUAUUUUUUGAGUCCAAAGAGAGUCUGUUCUCUAGCUUGAUUGUCACCCACAUCGCGUUCUCUCUCGUCUCUGUCUCUGAAUACACCCACCCACUAUAUAGUUACACACUGACUUACCUCCGUUCUAAAAAUUACAACACACUGACUCCCUAUCACACACACACAGUUGCUGACAAGGUGCGGCACAAGAUCAAAUUUAUACCGAACACUACAUAUGGUCUUGGAAAAUAUAUACUGUCACUAUAAGAGAUUUACCUAAUGGAAUUUCUAGAAUACAUUAUGUAAUCUUUUUUCACUUAAAAUGGUGGGAACUAGCRGUAAACUAGUGUGAGCUGCGUCGGUGUUUCUAAAGAAACAGUUAUGUGAAAAGAUAAAUUUAACACCUCCGACGAAGGAUUAACAUCCGAAACGUCAGUAAGUUUUUCCACAUACUUUUUUUACGGUGUUAAAUUUAUCUUUUCACAUAACUGUCUUUUUUUACUUAAUUGGAGCUCUAAGACAAUAACUGAUGAAAAGUGAGCUUAAUUCAAAAGUAAGGACAUUUAAGUACCAUAGGGAUUAAUAUUGAGAGUAGUUAUAAGCAGUUUGUAAAAGAAACGUCUCAGUUAAUAGAUAUUCAGGUGCAAUACGAAAAAAAACAAAGAAGUAUAAACGGUU